CCCAGGCUGCGCCGGGAAUUGGGGUGCGGGGAGUGCGCCUGUGCAGUGCAGAGCGGCGGGGUAGGCGCAGCGCUCGCGAUCCGGCGUUUACGUCAGGCUCGAGGACCAACCGGCGGAUGCUAGAACGGAUGCUGGAUGCCGGCUGCGACCCGGGCCUGGGUCAAUGAGGAUCCUGCCAGGCCGGUGUCUCCUUCUCCACACGCUCGGCUAGUGUGGAAGUCGAGGCCUAGGCUCGCUGCGAGCCCCCACACUGCUCCUCGCGGGCCGAGGUUUUCUAUCAGAUGUUCCACUGUAAUAAUGCUGGAGUUAAGAAGUUUCCAUACCUAUGCUGCACAUCAGAGAAAUCUCUCUGCAUACAGAAAUGGAGUAAUGUUUAAAGACAGCUGGCAAAUUAAAGAUUUUAGUGACCUAAGCUCUAUGCUGAAAUAAAAUUAAUUGGACUGCAAGUGCCACUUUGGGACCAGGUUCAAUUCCCAGUACCACAUGGCAAGCUCAUCACCAGUAACCCCAGUUCUAGGGGAUCCAGUGAUCUCGUCUGACCUCCUUGCGUAUGAGACACAAUGUGGUACGCGUAACAUGGUAACCCAAAUCUAUUUCUGGAACCAUGAAAGUUUUGUUGGUAUUUGACUUCGACAAUACAAUCAUAGAUGACAAUAGUGACACCUGGAUUGUACAAUGUGCUCCAAACAAAGAGCUUCCUAUGGAACUACAAGAUUCUUAUCAAAAGGGAUUUUGGACAGAAUUUAUGGGCAGAGUCUUUAAGUAUUUGGGAGAUGAAGGGGUAAAAGAAGAUGAGAUGAGAAGAGCAGUGACAUCAAUGCCUUUCACUUCGGGGAUGAUAGAGCUUCUCAACUUUCUAAGAAUGAAUAAGGAUAAAUUUGAUUGCAUCAUUAUUUCAGAUUCAAAUUCAGUCUUCAUAGAUUGGGUUUUAGAAGCUGCUGAUUUUCAUGAUGUCUUUGAUAAUGUGUUUACAAAUCCAGCAGCUUUUGAUAACAAUGGUCUUCUCACAGUGAAAAAUUGCCAUGCUCAUUCUUGCAAUAGUUGCCCAAAGAAUCUUUGCAAAAGUGCAGUUUUGCUAGAUUUUGUAGAUAAACAGUUACAAAAGGGAGUGAGAUAUGCACGGAUUGUUUAUAUAGGCGAUGGUGGAAAUGAUGUCUGUCCAGUAACCUUUUUAAGGAAGAAUGAUGUUGCCAUGCCUCGCAAAGGAUAUACUUUACAUAGAACUCUUGCCAAAAUGUCUCAAAAUUUUGAGCCUAUGGAAUCUUCUGUUGUAGUUUGGUCUUCAGGUGUUGAAAUAAUUUCUCAUUUACGAUUUCUAAUAAAGGAGUAAUGUGCCAACAA